AGUUGCUCAGAAUGAUUUCGUCCUUCCUUUCCUUGUUGAAGAUGAUAAAUGGAUAAUGGGUAGCACAAUUCCGAACAAACGGCUUCAGUUCUGGGAGCUAUUUCACAGGAGAUAUAUCAUUUUGGUUGCGAGGAUUCAGCAGGAGUACAGUUUUAGCAGUUCUUUGGGAUGAUCCACGUAGAAUUUUUUUCCUCAGGUUGUCUGAAAGAACUACCCGAAGGUAUUUCCCUUCUUUAGUUAUGACACCUGUAGAGUUUUUUCUCCCAGGUUAUCUGAAAGAACUUCCCGCAAGAUAUUUCUUUAGUCGUGACACACCCACGGUGGGGGAACUUUACAUAUGGCUGCCAUCUCAUGAUGGCUCGAUCUACAAUUUUGAUCUCCAAUCUACAGCAGGUUGUCUUGUUUCAGCAGGAAAUGCACAGAAAAUCAAUGCCACAGUAUAAGUCUGUACUUCAACUAGGAAGGAACUGCUUCACUUCAAAUGUAUUGAGAUAUCACUGGAAAAAUGGGAAUCAAGAAUCAAGAUAUGAUCAUAGGAAUAUCCAUUGGUGUGACUAUUGGGGCAGUGUUAGCUACUUUCACUCUUCUCUGCAUCAGAUUUCAUAGGAGACGUGCUAAAGUUGAAGGCAGUAACUCAGACCAGAGAGGCUUAUCUAUGCCUAUGCGAUAUAAUGGUGCCGAUUCAAGCACAGUGCUUUCAGAUUCAACAGUGGGUUGUGAGUCACCAGAAGCUGGUAAACGGAGUGUUUUUUCUACCUGGUGGAGGCGGCAGGAAAAUAACUUGCUGACAACAGCUUCUGGGAUUCCAAGAUAUCCCUUCAGGGAUCUACAAAAGGCCACACAUAACUUUACAACAGUUCUGGGGCAGGGGGCAUUUGGCCCAGUUUACAAAGCUACAAUGGCUACUGGUGAAACAGUUGCUAUUAAAGUGCUCGCAACAGACUCUAAACAAGGCGAGAAAGAGUUCCAGACUGAGGUUUUGCUACUUGGAAGGUUACAUCACAGAAAUCUUGUGAAUUUGGUAGGAUAUUGUGUUGAUAAGGGGCACCGCAUGUUAGUUUAUGAGUUCAUGAGUAAUGGGAGUCUUGCAAGACAUCUCUAUGAUGAGAGUGUCGAACCAUUAAAUUGGGAAAGGAGGGUUCGCAUAGCACACGAUGUGUCAAGAGGAAUUGAAUAUCUCCAUGAUGGGGCCGUGCCUUCAGUGGUUCAUCGGGACAUAAAGUCUGCCAACAUAUUGUUAGACAAUUCUAUGAGAGCCCGGGUUGCAGAUUUUGGGCUUUCAAGGGAGGAAAAUGGACAUGUAUCGGAUAUUAAAGGAACAUAUGGAUAUCUAGAUCCUGAGUAUGUAUCAACAAAAACAUUUACAAAGAAGAGUGAUGUGUAUAGCUUUGGUGUUUUACUUUUUGAACUCAUCUCUGGAAGGAAUCCACAACAAGGACUGAUGGAAUAUGUUGAGCUUGCCGCAUUGAGUGCAGAUGAAAGAUCUGGGUGGGAGGAAAUCUUGGAUUCACGGCUUAAUGGAAAAUAUAAUCUAGAUGAAGUCACUGCAAUGGCAAACCUUGCAUACAAGUGCAUUCAAACAACUGCAAGGAGGCGGCCAGUCAUGAGAGAUGUGGCGCAGGUUAUUUCAAGAACAGGAAAGAAGAAGCGCAUUAAUAGGCAUGAAAAGAGACCCUCAUCUAUUACAGGGGAUGAAAACUCUGAAGCUGAGCAGAUUGAGCCUCCAAAAUUUGAUUUAAAGAGUAUAAUUGUUACUAAUGGUGAAAUUUUGGAAGCCGAGGAGCAAAAAAAUCCUCCAAAUUUUGAGUUGAAUGUGAUGCCCAGUAAUACAGAGAGAUCAGAAAACUAAUGCUGAAACUUUGGCAGGUGAAAAUGACAGCUGUUCAGGAUGUGCUUAUAUGUUCGCUAGUUUUCAUUUGUUAUGCAUGUAUUGCCAAGAGCUCCCUUCCAAAUUUGAUACCUUCAGGUGACGAUGAUAGUUGUUGCGGAUGUUCUGAUAUGUUUCCUAGUAUUCAUGAGAUACAUGAAUUUCUAGGAGCUCCUUGUACAUAUUUGGUACCUGCAAAAUAAUCAGUGAUGUUUUCAAUCUCUGUAAACAAAUUUUGUAAUUGGGUUGACGAUUCAAAUCAUAGGAAAAUGUUUGGGAAAAAAAUUUGCAGUCAAGAGAAGGUGCAGCAAACAUUUUUCACAAACAUUCUUCUUUUAAGAAAAACAUUGAAUUUCAUUUGUCAUUGUAUUUUGGGGCUCAAUCAGAUAUCCUCUAUUCUCCUUUGGUUUAUCGCUAUGGCGCUCCAAACUUCUUUAUGUACGCUAUAUUGCUGUUCAUGUAAUAUAGUCUCACUUAUUCUGAAAACAAGAUGCAGAAAAUAAAGUGACUUUUCUGCAUCAAUGUAAAAUGGUUAUGCAGCAUGUAUUAGUCCUUAUUGUACGGAAAAUUACAGGAUGGUAAUCCAUUCUUUCUGUGAUCCA